GUUAGUUUGUGAAUUCUUAAUUUUGACGUAGCUGGCGUCGGUUGGUGGGGUGUAUUCGGAUUACAAGAAGUUAAUUUUACUGUUGAACCUGCCAAGCUCCAACCAGCAGCCUCCUUUGAUCAAGCCUUUCCAAGCUAUCCCUUGCCCAAUAUCCUAGUUUUCCUUCGUCCUUGCUUACUCCCAAAGAAGAUCUUGCGUGCUCUUAACCAGUUCGCCGACUAGAACAUCCAUCGAUCAAACAUGCCAUUGCCAAUCGAGACUCCUGCUCCAAAGGCUUCCUCUAUCAUCAAACGUUUUCAACAGACCAUCGACAAUCUUGAUGGCCAACCAGCCCUGCCGCUGCCUAAACCACGGCUGAGUCGGGACCCAGAGGAGAUCGCCCAGAAUCGCAGGUCAUGGAGCGUCGGGAGUGGUGGAGCACCACUCUCGGUCAGUCAGGUCACCUGGACCCCUCCAGCCAGCAGUCUGCUCUCGAAAUCUAGUGGCACCCCUCGAUCUGAAACAGACCAAGCCAAUCAUCAUCAGACUGCUGGAACCCCUAACUGCAGCCCUGAUGUCAUCAACACCUACUCUUCCCCACAACCAAUGAUGGACAACAAGUCUGAGCCUACGAUUCCUUCCAACCUCGACUUGCCCCUCACCCCACCCAUCCACCAGUCUCCCGAUCUCUCCAGGCUGGCCGACCUAUCCCAAGCCGAUCUGGCCGUCCAGACACCUCCAACCAGCACCAGUACCAACAAACAAACCUCAUCAACAACCUCACCCCGCCCUAAACUCAAAGCAACCAUCUCAUCCGAGGUCCGUCAAGUCGUUCGUUCCCGCAAACAGACUAACAUCACCGCCCCAACCGCCGCCUCCUUGGCCAAGGUCAGAGCAUCUGAUGCAGCUCGUUCCUCAUCUCAACCCAACGGCUCUGCCACCAGAAGUCAGUCAACCAACACUUCCGCUGGGGCCCUUGGUUCCAACAAUCUGCCAAAGACCGCAACUGCCCCGAGAAUCCCAAAGACAGCCAACUCACCAGGCCGUCCAGCUGCCGCAAAGCCUGCCAGAAAGGACUCCGAUCCCGCUCAUCUUCGAGACGUCCGAGUGACCAGCGUGGGCACCCCCAAGGAGCGUCCCCGGAUGGAGAGCAUCAGGGCCUCGACACCAGCCCCUUCGACCGCUUUCAAGAAAGCGGUGAUCGCCAAGACAAAGGUCCCCCCUCUGCCCAGCUUUGGCACUACUCCAACAGCCAACCCGAAAACCACUCCUAAUUCUCCCACCCCGCCCGUCAAGGUCACCAGACGAGUCAUCUCAGCCGAUCCACAGAAAUCAACCAAGCCGAUCAAGUCGGAACCAACUGCCAAUCCAACCGGUUCGACCAUCAAGCCAGACAAACGACCCCUGCAACGCUCUCGGGUCGCCAGUGUGGCCACCCCGAUCUCUGGUAUCAAAAAGUCACCCAGUCUCAAAUCUACUGCCGCUCAGCCUUCUACAGCUCGGGUGGUAUCAAGUGUGGCUAGCCCCAAGCUGACGGUCACCGGGACGAGUGGGACGACCCGAUCACCCGAUUUGAGUACUCCCAAAGCUAAGACCCGUAUUGCCCCCGUCAAAACAUCUUCGAGCGUCAAAAAAUCCCCCAAGUUGCCCGGCGUGUCCUUUCCGGAAAGCUCAGCGGAUCAAGCACCCAACAAGGCAGCCAAGAAAACGGCAUACGCAUCGCAUCUCCCGACUUCUUUCAAGAAGAGAACUGCCACUCAGUCCGCCACUGAUACUGCACCGAACGAGGAAUCCAAAGCCACUGAAAGCGCGACUCGAGAUCCUGUCACAAGCUUAGUAGAGGACACCAACGGGCCAGAAGAUGUUCCGCCAAGUUCGGCUGAGGAGACCAACCGGGCUGAUGCAGUGGAUAUCGGACAGGCAGCCGAUGAGGACUCAGAGGCGAGAGCUGCGAAGAGCGAGGCGAGUCCUGAAUCUGAUGAGUCAGCGACAAACUCGGCCGAUCGGGCUGCCGAUCCCAGUCUAGGAGAGCACAUCGAUCCCGCCGCCGAAGUCGUCCACCCCAAACCAAUCGAAGACGGCGAGGAGCAUUCGGUGCUCGAAGAGCUCGAGGGUCUCAAGCUGGCCCAUCACCAGCCGCUCGAGGAGCUACAGAAACAUCACCUGGCUGGGCCUCCUGAGGAGGACGAGUCGUCCAGACCUGACGUGGACGCCUCUACGACUACUAACACCGACGGCGAAGAAUGAGCUUCCUUUUUCAACGUUCCCUUCCCUUUUCUUUUUUUUUCGUUCUCUUUGUUUCUUCCUCUCUCUCUCUCUCUCUCUACAUCUUUCUCCCUCGUGUUCUGUCGGAUCGAUCGGAUUAUUACUCGUGAAUCAACACCUCAAGCCCGAUCGUUUCCUUUCUUCACUACUCAGCCACAACCGGUCAAUCAAUCAACAGUUUAUAGAUAGAUAGAUACAAACAAGUGCUUCCUCGACUUCCUCUCACUUUCUGAACUUCUGCUCUUUUUUUCAAUCGGAUAGAUGAAAUCGGAUCUGUCAACUCAUUAUUCAGUUUCUUCUUCCUUAUUUCUCUUCUUCUCGAUUUCUAAUGCAUACUUCUUUUUAUUAAUCUUGUUUUCCUCUUCUUUUUCUUAUGAAUCGACCUCUUUUUUUUUUUUUAUUCUGAACCUCAUUACAUCAUUUGGUUCGUGUAAAUAAAUAGUUUUGUUGUUGUUAUUGUUCUGCCCCUGUUAUGAUCGUGCGUAUGUUAUACUGAUGAUGCCUUGUUUCUUUUCUUCGUUUGUUUUUGAUUGAUGUGUACAUAUACAUACAUCAUCAUCUUUUUGCAUUUUCCUUUAAUGUCAUCAGAUCUAUCCUUCUACAAUAUAUUGUCUAAUUUCUUAAUGUCAACUUUUUUUUCUCUUUGAGAUUAAACAUUGUAUUCAAUUAAAAAUACUUAAGAAGAUCACUAAUUAGUUUCUGGUUGUGGCUCUGAAAGUUCUAUCAAACA